GUCAAAUUCAGAUCUCGCUUCCAGUGGGAAACAGCAGAUACUUGUUCAAGCAACGACAAGACGCCGGGAAGAACCACAGGCCCGCCAUUGAUCACCUCCUCCUCGAAACGGUCAAUUUCCGCCUACGAUCCAGUAUCAGCGCGAUGUCAGGGUCAGGCGGGUAACCCGGCGGCGCUGAGAUGACGGACUUGCAGCUUAGUUUCAUCAUCGAUCUUGCAGUAUUCCUUCAGAGUGUCGUAUAGACGCCGUCCAUGAGUCUCGUGGACGACAGUCGCUGCGUCACCGAGAUGGUAGUCUUUGCAGAAUGUUCCCCAAGCGUUAUACAGCCCGGGCGUAGAAUCAAGCAGUGUCCUUUCAGAGUACAAGUCGGUUGCUGUGCGGCAUUUGCGAUCAAACUGUGGUUGACAGACCCGUCCAUAUCAAACCUGACAGGAUUUGAGAGAGACAACUGCGACUGAGGAUGCUGCGUACAAGACAGCAUCGACCAGGAUUGUUGUGGGGGCCAUGUUCAGAGAAGUACAAGGAAGGGAACGUUCGCUCAAACAAACUAUCUAUCUCGGAGCCGUCCGAAAAAUCGCGGCCCGGUAUCGGCCCGUUGUGCCAUAAGUAGCAGGACACCGGCCCUCCGUUUGCCGGGACACUGAGGACUCUCUUCUCGCUCCCUUUUUCAUCAGAGAUUCUCUCGAUCGGCCAUUGGUAUUCGCUCGUCGAGCGUCAAUUGCUACGCCCGCCCAUUGCGUAUGCAUGUGGUCGAAAGACUUCUUCACCUUGCCAAGACGAGUAGAACGAACAUACUUCUUCUCUCUGUCGUCCAUGCGGGUCCCGGACCACAUGCGUUCAGUUUCUUACCCCGUCCUUUGGAUACUGGUAGGGGGUCCUGCAGCAGUCGCGUUUUGUCUUGUUAUAAUAGGACAGCACUUCCACUUGAUGAGAUCACGAGAUUGGCCUCCUCAUUCAUCAUCUUGCGCGCGGCUGCGUGUCAAGCAACGGAGGACAAGUGUCUGAUUGAGCGUGCUGUGUUCUGUCAGUCGGCGCUCGUCGGCGCUCGUCGCCAGCGGAUAUUGCAGGCUAGCUACAGCAGCUCUGUGAAGCAACUAGCAGCAGCCAACUAUCACAAUCUUUGGGCUUUCGUUCACCCCGGCCGCGGCUCAAUGAAUCGAGAAUUGAAAAAAAGCAUCGUCGGACGUCAUUCCACGCAGCUAUUUCGGGAUUUAAGGAGAGAGAUCCUCCGUUAAUCUUCGGGAAAGAGGAGCAUCCAAGUGCAGGCCAGCGAAAAGCAGACUCGACUCUGAAACCGGAAACGAGACUGGCAUGGCGGAUGGCAUCUGGCGUGGACAAGCUAUGAGGGUUGCUGGGCUAUGCACGAUGUUCCAUAUGCAUCUUUCGGAACUAUUUUUGUAACGUGCCGGCAGAUAUAUAAGAGCCGUGGCAUCCGUUCGGCAUAACCUCCCCUUCACUGUUUCUCUCUACCCUCUCCUUGGUCAUUUCAGGCUAGUCCUCCCUUUGAAGACACGACCCGGCGUCU